GUGUGCUGCUGCCAAGGACGAAAUCGAAAGCCAAAUUUAUUGAUAAGACACUGCUUCGUCAUGUUUCUUCGUCAAGCAGCUGGCUGCCUGGACCGGACCUUCCAAAGUUUGCUACAGUGCUUUUAUCAGAUCAAAGCAAUUUUCAAAGAAGAUGAAGAUUUCGUUCACCAGCUGGAAUUUACGCUUUAGGAUUUUGCUGAAUGAACAUCAAUCUGACCAAAAUCACCUAGUUAUUUCACUACCUGUUGCCAAAAUGGUUGCAAAAGCUGGCUCUAAGGCUGCGAAGAAGAGCAGCAAGAAAGUUGCGCAGAAAGGCAGGGCAAGCAAAUCUUCUGCCUCUCAGGGUGCUGCUACAACCAUUAGAGGUGCAGGUGCAACUGCGUCAAGUAAAAAACUGACGAAGCAGACAUCCAAGUCGAGCAGUGCCACGUCCACCGCUUUCGACGAUGAGGAUGAAGUAUCAAAUGCAAAAAUGUCUGGGUCUGGAAGAUUCCGGGAUUUGUGUUGCAUAUUUUGUAUGGUCCAUGAUGCAUGUAAUGCAUGAUCUAGCAUCACAGAUUUUUAGAGGGCUUCCUGAUGGUGAUGCCUAUUCCGCAUGAGAGAUGCCCUCUCCGUGUAACACAAACUGGGCUCCUGUUGCUGGUCACGCAAUACAGAUUUUUUUGGAAUCCAAAGACAGCAUGACAAGUUGCAAUCAUCCAGACCCAGACAUUUUUGCAAUCCAUAUGAAGACAUGUUGGAGCUGCAGCACUUGCCCCAUUUCAACGACCUGGUCGAUAUGAACAACCUGGAGCAGAACAGCGACGCGCAAGUAUCCUGAGUAAAAACGUCCCCACACCAGAGUUGUCAUGCAGAUUUGCAAGCACAGGAACAUUUGUAAUGCGCAUCGCCAGGAGAGGCAUUUUUAGUCGUGUUUUGGAAUUUGUAAUGCUGUAAACAGGAUGAGCAGAUGGAUUUCUGAUGCAGCUGGCCUUGCGAACCUGCACUACACUACGGACUGCAACUUGUGAUGCGUGACCCCCAAAAGUUCUAGGUUUGUGUUGCAAAAUCCCCAUCUUGACUCUGGUGUGGGGAUGUUUUUACUCAGGAUAGCAAGAUGACGAGCAGGACGAAAUUGAUCUCGAGGGAUUUGUUGUUGAUGAUGAACAAACCGCCAGCCAGCCGCGGCGCUCCUGGCGCUUCAACGUCCGGGAGUACGACGGGACGAGGACGGUUGUCGUGGAUUUCGGCGGGGCGAACAAGAGCCCCGCAGACGAGUUGGCCGCGAGGGAGAAAAAAGCCGCUAAGAAGGCGGAGAAGAAAAAAAUGAAAGCGAUGAAAAUGAAAUCUAAGGGGGCCGCUAGUACUGCUGGGCGAGCAAAUAAGGGAAAUAACAAGAAAACAGUUACUUGUGACUCUGAUUCGGACGAUCUGGAACAAGAUUCUGAUGAAGAUGAUUUGGGGAAGGAAGAAGAGGAGGCAGAGGCGAUCGAAUUCGGUGUCGGGGACGCAAUUUUGUACACACAGCUAGUACAACCAAGUGACCCGGAUUGCAACGGCAAAAAUUCAUCGUCGUCAACUGUCUCCUUCAACGAUCUCUACCUGAAUCCCCGCGAUUCGGAGAAAGUGCAGUUAGGUUUCGUCAUGGGCUUUGUUUCGGCAGGCAGUACUAGCGAUGACGAGAUGGAGGAUCUGCACGCAAGCAAAUCCAGCAAACGAAAAUCCUCUAAAGCUUUUUCGACGAGGACGAAAGAGAAGAAGAAGAAUGCGAAAAACCACGACGCAAAAUCAACAUCCGACAACGGCAAAUCAGACCUCUUCAUCAAAGUCCGCCGAUUUGCGCAUUCCGGCCAGCUCAACAAGCUGUUCACCACGAAGAAGGAAAAAGACGCGUUUGAAAUGCACGAUCAGGAACUAAUUUUCACGGAGUGGGAAGAGGUGGUGUCUUUUCACCAAGUGGAAAAUACCUGCGUGAUCUACUCCGCAGAGGAAUUUUUUGACGACAAAACCCCCGACGGUGCGAUCGCGGAGACGGCGGACGUUUUGCUAGAGUUUUUCUGCCGCCGGGGUUUCACGGAAAGCAGCCAGAGACUAUCACAUGUAAAAAUGUCUGGGUCUGGAAGAGUGCCAGACUUGUCAUGCAGAUUUUACAUGACAUAUGACGUCUGUAAUGCAUAACCUGGCAUCACAGAUUUUUAGCGGGCUUUCUGAUGCCUAUCCCGCAUGAAAAAUACCCUCUCCAUGAUGUAGCACAAACUGGACCCCUCUUGCUGGUCAUGCAAUACAGAUUUUUUUAGAAUGCAGAGACCGCAUCACAAGUUGCAAUCUUCCAGACCCAGACAUUUUUGCAUUUGAUAGAGACGGGGGUUUCCCGAUUUGGAGUGGAAUACGGUCAGCGAACUAUUGUGAGGAAAAUCCCCCCCUCCCCAUAUCGAACAGGCAUGCUUCCGAAAAUUUGCGUUGCUGAUUUGAGGUCACAAAUCACAUCUGUCUUGCAAGAAGACAAGGGCAAAAGCUUCGCCCCCAUUAUGGAGGCGGUUUGUCAUGCUGUUGGGCCUAAAGGGGAGCCGUCUGCCAUUCUGAACAACUAGACCGAUACGCCCCUGCAUAGCCGGGGGAUCUGGCCGCGAUGCCUUCCUGCAAUACAAAGCCGAUUUGUGUACACAAAUCCCGCAUCACAGAUUUCCAUUUCGAUACGGGGUGGGGGGAUUUUUUCUUUUGAUACGAACAGAUCGUGAAGCAUUUAAGGGAGAUGAGUGACACGGCUAGUACCGGUGACACAGCACUACAAGCUGGCGCGGGAACAUCAUCUUCAAAAAGUGGAAAUAAAGAUAGAAGCAAGAAAACUAACACUACAAAAGAGCACAAGAAGCUGAAAGUCCUGACGAAAGUUUUCGCCGACGACCACGACGAAAUGUCCGACGAUUCCGACACGGAGGAGGACGAAGCGGACAACUUUUCCUACCUGGACAAAAUUUACAACAACGAGAAACAAAUGAAGCAACUGUUCCCGACCUGGUUUCAGCGAAUGAUGGAAGCACGGAAGCAGUUGUUGCCAAGCAGUAUCCCGGAAGUGCUGCCCUGCCGGGAGAAGGAGAAGGAGGAAAUCUACGCGUUUUUGCGGAUGGCGCUGGAAUCCGGGGACUACGACCACAACAAGGUGAUGUUCAUCGCCGGACUGCCCGGAACGGGCAAGACCGCGAUCGUAUCCGAGAUUUUAAACGAGAUGGCAUCUUCUUCGACUUCAUCAUCGUCAGCUUCAAGUUCAUCUUCGAAUGCUGGGAUAAAAAAUACUUCAUCUUCGGCGGGCAUUCUGUGUGCUUCAAGCCCAGCACGAGAACAACCUCUUGGUGGUAAUAAUUCGUCGUUGUUAAAGAACACCUUCCGAGCUGCAGGCGGUGGACCCAGCAACUCAGUAUUUUCCAUGCCGGGGAACCGGAUUAUGCGGUGCAACUGCUUGAAACUGUUUGGCACCUACAGCCUUUACCUGGAAAUGCUGAUGCACCUGCAACAGUUGAAGAAGCGCCCCCUGCCGAAGAAGGCACUGUCGUUGCUCGAAAAGGCGUUCCUGAAAUACAGCACGAGGAAAGAGAAACUGAUUUUAUUUCUCGACGAGCUGGAUGCGUUGAAGCAGAAUUUACUGUACCGAGUUCUCGAAUGGACCCUGAAAUUCCCGAAUUUGAUUCUGAUCACCAUCAGCAACACACUGAAUCUCCCCGAAAAGCUCGCACCGAGGGUGUACAGCCGCCUGCGACCGAAAAGAUUGCAGAUCCAACCGUACAGCUACGCGCAGCUGCGGGAGAUCAUCCAGAAGAGGUUAGACACGCUGAAGUGUUUCCAGCCAAACACGAUCGAGCUCUGCGCGGUCCGAAUCGCGGCGGAAACCGGAGACGUAAGGAAGGCGUUGCAGGUGUGUCGCGCGAGCGUGGACUACAAAAUGUUGGAAAACAAGAAGAGAAUGCGCGAGCAGCUGGAGAUAUUGGAAAAUAAGGAACACGAAGAUGAUGAAGGUGAAAGUGAAAUAAACAACAACAAAUCAAAACAAGUGGAAAAGUCUUCGGUCGAGAUUUUGAAGCUGGACAAGGAAAAAAACCUACUGCAGAAGUACUUGAAAGCGGAGAACAAGAGACCCAACGACGUGUUUCAAAUCACGCUCACCGACAUGAACCACGUGGAGUCCGGGAUUCUUCGUUCGAACUACAAGCUUCAACUGAUCGAACAGCUACCCGUCAACGUCCGCUGGUUUCUCGUCGCGUUUGUGCACGAGCUGGAGCAGAGCUUCAACACUUCCAACGCCAACAGGACGAACGGAAACGCUCUCGACAUGGAGGACGCGAGCUCCUUAGCGACCACCAUUCUCGCGAUUCGCAGCCAGAUGACGGGGAGUCUGAACGACCUGAGCCUGGACAAAUCGAUUCAGACGUUUAACCACCCGUUGCUGAAUUUUUCUGAGAGCGGGAACAAGUUCCACUCGGCUUGCGAAAGCUACUUUCCCUACGAGGCGUGCGUCCACUACUUGAAGUACUUGGAAAAGAUCGGUGUUUUGGAGCAUUUGGACGGGUCCAAAUCUUCCAGCGCAUUGAAGCAGGCAGCGAAAAUUACCAGUUCCACGCCGGCGCGGAGCAUUUACGACCAGGGGGCACUGGACGUGGUCCGGUUGGCUUCGGACUUGCAAAUAGAAGACAUUCGCUACGCGUUGACCCGCGCAAAGUGUCCGAUAGGCAAGAUUUUACUCAAGUUGAUAAUUGAGUGAACCGUAAAAGCGGAGGACAAGUGCUGGUAGAUUAAAAAUAGUUGCACCAAUCAACGAUUUUUUUUCUCGAACAAGAUAGAGGCAGAGAAAAAUUGAACCGCACAGAGCAAAAAA